AAGUGUAAUGUUCAACACCUUAAAGCAAACGGCGGCGAGCUCUCUGACACGCGAGCUCUGUAGUGGUUAGUUAGAAAUCUGAUCAUUCGUUGUACUUCUCCCAUCAGUCACUAUGUCUGUUUUGUGUUAUAAUAAGGGAUGUGGACAGCGAUUUGAUCCAGAAAAUAACCCAGCCGAUGGCUGCACCUAUCAUCCAGGAGUCCCAGUAUUCCACGAUGCCUUGAAGGGAUGGUCCUGCUGCAAGAGAAGAACUACUGACUUCUCAGACUUCCUCAGCAUUGUUGGCUGUACAAAAGGUCCCCACAACAAAGAGAAGCCCCCUGAGCCGGUGAAACCAGAUGUGACAUCUUCAGGAGAAAAGAAGGAGUUAGAGGACCAAAAGCCAAAGUUUAAUGAGUACAUCAUCUCUGCACCGAAACCUCAGGAGGCGAUAUGCAGACCAAGUCCUGAUGAGCCAGUGGUGAGAUUGCAGCAUAAAGUCUCUGCAUCUCUGAAGCAGGCUCUGGAGAAACUUAAACUAACUGAAAAUGCUGAAGAGAUAAAAGAGGAAGAAAGUGACGAGAUCAAAAUUGGAACGUCCUGUAAAAACGGAGGCUGUACUAAAAGUUUUGAAGGACCUGCAAGUGAUUCGGAUGUGUGCUUAUACCAUGCUGGAUUUCCCAUCUUUCACGAAGGGAUGAAAUACUGGAGCUGCUGUAAAAGGAAAACCUCAGACUUUAAUACCUUCCUCUCUCAAGAGGGCUGUACAAAGGGAACACAUCUAUGGAGGAAAAAGGAUGCGGGUAAGAAGGUGGUCCCGUGUCGGUUUGACUGGCACCAGACUGGGACGCAGGUCAUCAUUUCUAUCUAUGCCAAGAAUGCGGUCCCAGAGCUAAGCUAUGUGGAUGCCAACAGCACUACGCUCAACAUCCACAUUAUAUUUGAUGGAGAGAAAGAAUUUGAGCAGAAAAUCAGCCUUUGGGGAGUGAUAGACGUGAGUAAAAGUUUGGUGAACAUGAUGGCGGCCAAGAUCGAGGUAGCCAUGAAGAAGUCCGAGGCGAUGUCCUGGGCUCGUCUGGACCUUCCUCCUCCUCCUGCUCCACCCAAGGAGAGCGAGAAGAAAAAAUCUGACAGUGAGGACGAGGAUGAAGAUGAAGAUGACUGAUAGGAUUGAAAAUAAAGACAUGUGAUUUAAAAACUGAGUUUCAGCAGGCUUCCAGUCAAGUCCCAGCUAAAUUGCACUGAAGUCCCCUGGAAAAUUACAUCAUGCCUUAACAUAAGUUGUCAGUUUUCAUUAUGCUCACUUUCACACCCAUGCAGACCCAUGUCACACUAAUGGACCGCGGCUGUGACCAGAUCUCAUAUUUUCAGGAAUGAAAUCAUUUUUGUUUUUCAUAAAUUUAAUACAUCAGACCAAAAAGCUGCCCGGAUUGUCUUGAUUUGUCCGCUUACAUCAAUAUGUUAUCCAAACUUGUGUUUUAUGAAAUGUAUUCUGAAUCAAUUGUGAGACGAGAACUAUCACAGCUGAAUUAUCUUGAGAUAUACUUUGGAGAUGCACUCUAACUAUCCAUACUUUUCUCAGUAAAAAUUGUAAAUUUGCUCCAAAUUAUGUUUUUUACUUCACUACACUCAAUGUAAAUUUUGUACAAGUUUUGCUUUCAGAUACUGUAUUUAUCUUAUUUCUUGUCAAAACAAAGUAGUGUGGUUUUAAUGAGAAUGUACUGUAAUGCCAAUUAAAUACAAAGUAUUUUAAGCAAAAUAUUGUAUCAUAAAAUGCUAUGCUAGAAAGCAUGUGUCUAGGCUUAGAUUGUAUGAAGUGUUAUUUGGCAAAAGGAGAAGCAAUGGAAAAGUAAAGUUCUAGGAAAGGGAACCAGUUUGUCUGACCAAAAAAUAAAUAAACUUCUGAGAUUAAA